AAUCUAGUUUUUCAUCCUGCGACGCUAGUGCUCCACUGUUUUACUAAAAACAUGUGUCACAAUUCACAAGUGGUGUAAAUAAACAGUGUGUUGUUUUUAUCGCAAUAUAUCUACGAAUGCUUACAAGAAACAGUUAAACGUCAUCUGUAAAGAUGAGUACGACAGAAAUAGAAAAGAGUCUUCUGAUGAUAAUCCUGGACGUGAAUCCCGUCCAGCGAAUUGUGAAACAAGAGGCGAAGAUUCUUAGCCAAUGUAUAGAAUCAGUAAUAGUAUUCGCAAAUUCUCACCUGAUGCAGGCAUCCAGCAAUGGUCUGGGGUUGAUAGCCUGUCACGGCCAGGGGGCGAAAUUCCUGUAUCCAGAGCCUGAGAAAUCAGUAGAAGUUCGACAAUUUGAUGGCCAAUACGAGAAAUUCACUCUGGUCGAACGAACAGUUCGUCAGACACUGCAGAGAGUAAUUAAUGAUCUCAUAAACACAAGGCCUCUCAAUAGUGAGAGUCUGAUUUCUGGUGCUCUCUCACUGGCACUUUGUUAUAUUGCGAGGCUGGAGAGGGAGAAAGUUCCUGGCGAAAAAUUACAUUCCAGGAUUUUUGUUGUUACUGGGAGCAAUGAUUCUGCGACGCAGUACAUGAAUUAUAUGAAUAUUUUCUUCACAGCGCAGAAAAUGGGUGUUAUCCUCGAUGUCUGCAGCCUAGAUCAGGAAUUAACUCUGUUGCAACAAGCUUGCGACAUAACAGGAGGAAAUUACUUGAAAAUUCCCCAGUUAGCGGGUCUCCUCCAGUACCUAUUGUGGGUCUUUUUGCCUGAUCCCGAGGUACGUGCCAAACUUGUUUUACCCCCACCUGUCAAAGUCGACUACAGGGCAGCAUGUUUCUGUCAUCACGAAUUGAUCGAUAUAGGAUACGUCUGUUCGGUCUGUUUAUCAAUUUUUUGCAAGUUCAGUCCCAUCUGCACCACAUGCCACACUUUGUUCAAGAUGCCAGCUCCGAUACCAGUGAAAAUGAAGAAGAAAAAAAAAUUCGCGGAAAUUCCAUGAUCUCUAUCUCAAUGUGUCCCUCCACUAGUGAUGAAGUGGAGGUGACGGCAAAACAUCGCUAUUUAUUAUUUUGUAGAAGUACAUUCCCAUAAAUACACAAUUUUUUCUAAUGAA